GUUUUCAUCUUAUAUUGGCUCAGCUGACAAAAUGUAUGAUCUUUUGGUAAAAGCCUCAUCACGUAAUAAAGUUCCUUAUAAUGAAGAUGGAUCAUACGUCACGUUAUCUUCAUUUCAAGGAUUAUAUUUUGGGAUUAUCGGUAUUAUUGGAAAUUUUGGAACAAUCUUUGCUGAUAAUGCUUACUGGCAACGUGCAAUAGCUGUUCGAACAUCUUCCACUGUGAAAGCUUACUUAAUUGGCGGAUUGUCUUGGUUUGCCAUUCCUUUUACUUUGGCUACAUCCAUGGGAAUUUCUGGUAUAGCUUUGGUUGAAGAUGGCCUAAUGGAUCCAUUGACCGAUGAAGAUUUAUCAGCUGGAUUAGUGCUUCCGGCAGCUGCGGCUGUACUUUUAGGAAAACUUGGCGCAGUUGCUGUAUUGGCUGAUGAAGAUCAAUUAAACGCACAAUCAUAUCUUUCUUAUAUUGUUUCUGGUAUUGCAAUGAGCGUAAUUUCUUCAAUACUACAUUAUAUCGGUGUUGACUUAGGUUAUAUGUAUUUAUUUAUGGGCAUUAUUACUUCUCCGGUAGUCAUUCCAAUUUUUAUCACUUUAACAUGUGAUAAGGAAAAUCUUUAUGGUAUUAUUGGAGCUGCAAUAUUAGGACUUGUAGCUGGAAUAUCUGUUUGGUUAGGUGUCGCUAAACAUAUUUUUGAUGAAAUCUCAAUUAAAUCAACUGGCAGCAAUUAUCCUAUGUUAUAUGGAAAUAUAAAAGUUAAACAAGUAUUGGCAAUAAUGGCUAGUGACGAAGUUUAUAUCAGAGAUGAAUCCCAAGAGUCCUUAGAUCAAAACUCUACGGGACUCGAGAAAGCUUUUAAAUGUGCUGUUUGGA